UGCGGAUUUAAAUAACCAACCAACAGCAGACACCAGAGCAAAAACGAGACGCCAGAUCAAAGGCCACACCAAAUCCUUAAUCCUCCCCUCCAGCACAGCAGCGGAGGCCGCGGCGCCACACGCAGCCGCGGAGGCCGGAGACGUCGGCGACGCGGGGCCCUACUCCUAACCCGUCGCCGGCGGCAGGCGAGGGACUGGGCCGGAGCGGGAGAGUUCGCCGCCGUGGAGCGGCGGCCGGAGCGCUCCGCCUGUGGCCAAUGUCGGUGGAGAGAGGCCCGCCAGCGAAAUUGCCGAGAGUACGGGGCUGAUUGGAGUUGUGGCGCGUACGGGAGAUGCCAGAGGUUCUGAUGUUAGAGGCUGAAGUUUUGCAAGCGCGUGUUGCUGCUCUGGAGUUUUAGCAGCUGCAUUGAGUGGUUGGGAGCCAUGGAGUCACGGAUGGAUCAGUACGAGGUUAUGGAGCAGAUUGGUCGCGGUGCCUUUGGUGCUGCCAUCCUCGUCAACCACAAGACAGAGAAAAAGAAGUAUGUGUUGAAGAAAAUACGUCUUGCGAGGCAGACAGAGCGAUGUCGCAAGUCUGCUCACCAAGAGAUGGCUCUUAUUGCUCGUUUGCAACAUCCUUACAUCGUUGAGUUCAAGGAGGCAUGGGUUGAGAAGGGCUGCUAUGUUUGCAUUGUGACGGGAUACUGUGAAGGUGGCGAUAUGGCUGAGUUGAUGAAAAAAGCGAAUGGGACAUACUUCCCAGAGGAGAAACUACUGAAAUGGUUUGCUCAAUUGGCAUUAGCUGUUGACUACUUGCAUUCAAACUUUGUUUUGCAUCGAGAUCUCAAGUGCUCAAACAUAUUUCUUACCAAAGAACAGGAUAUUCGGCUUGGAGAUUUUGGCCUCGCCAAGACUUUAAAGGCAGAUGAUUUAGCCUCUUCGGUUGUGGGAACACCAAAUUAUAUGUGCCCAGAGUUGCUUGCUGACAUUCCUUACGGAUUCAAGUCAGAUAUAUGGUCUCUUGGAUGUUGUAUGUAUGAGAUGGCUGCUCAUCGACCUGCUUUCAAGGCUUUUGAUAUGGCUGGACUGAUAAGUAAGAUAAAUCGCUCCUCCAUUGGCCCUUUGCCUACUUGCUACUCUUCAUCUAUGAAAGCACUUAUCAAAAGCAUGUUGAGGAAGAGUCCUGAACAUCGGCCUACUGCAUCCGAGAUUAUAAAAAAUCCAUACCUGCAACCUUAUGUGAAUCAGUACCGUCCAUUUGCUGAUAUAUUACAUCAUGGUCGAUCACCAGAGAAACCUGUCACCAAUUCACGGAGCAGUCAGAGAAGUAUGUCUGGGAGUCAGUGUAGUAGCAUUUCUGGAACUGGCAGUGAUAUGGAUAGUAUACAAUCAAGUGAAAUAAAUACAUCAGGACUAGCUUCAAGUUCCAACAACACCAUUGAUACUGAGGGUGCUGAAACUACUGAUCUUCAGAGCCAUAAAGACACUGCCUGUCCUGAACUCGAGAGACAAGAUUCAUCAAAAUCCGUACAAGAUAAUCAUCAUCCCAGACAUGAUAAUAAGCAGCCAAAGAUAAUUAAGAAGAUACUGACAACUCUAAGAGAGGAGAGCAAGUUUAGGGAAAGCAAUUCUCCUGUGAGAGCUAGCCGUGUAAAGCUAAAUUCACCUAGCAAUAGAGAACGCUCAUCUGACGACUCAAAGCAAAGUGAUAUUUCCUCCAGUUCAAGAUCUAGUGAAGUUAUGUCACAUGAAUCAGCAAAUGCAAGCUGUGAACCUGUGAAACGAGGACACACAUCUCCUCCCUUGAAGCAUCUGUCACCAAUUGUUGAGCAUUCUCCGAAGGUUAAAAUUAAAGUAGAUGAGCUGCUACAUCCGCACCCUGCCAAGCAGUUGGGAGAAGCUGUUGAUGCAGCUGCAGGGAAGGUUAAGAACAGAACACCGCCCAUUUUUAUUAGAUGCACCAGUAUUCCUGCUCGGAGGCAAGGAGUAGCAAGUCCAAGCCGUCAACACACUGGGGUAAAGCGAGCUCACAAUAAGGUCAUGGCAGAGCAUCCAAGGAGUCCAUGUCGGCCUACCCAUAGUCCUCUUUUGGAACUUCCAAGUGUUCCAAUUGUUCCUCCAAGUCAUCUGGAAGAUCUUCAGAGAAAAACAGGCAAUUCACGAGCAAAAUCUGCUCCACCUAGGGCUUUAGCAACCAAGGAAGACAGCAGUGCUUGCUCCAGUUCGACGAUUGGUUAUGCUGAAACUACCAACCAGUCUGAACCGUCUGAACCUGACUCACCAACCUAUUUGGUCCCAUCCUGCAAAUGUUUGAUACCUGACACUAUCAUACAAAAGCAUGACAUAAAAAAUAAAGCAAGUUCAGAGGUCAACACAACCAAUUGUGAGAAAAAAAUUACUAGUAAUGGUGCUAUUAGUCUAAGCGCAGCCAUGGUGCAAUCUUCUGAUACUACUGAACUAGAGUUUAUUUGCAAGGAUGGAAUACCCUCAAGUCAAGUGGGCCAGUGCAGUGACACAGUCACUGUACUAAGUGAUGAAGACAAGUUCACAGUGCAGGAACUGCUUUCAUCAGUACCAGAUCUUUCUUCCUUUGUCCCAACAACAGAGAUGAACACUGAACCAGGCAGAGGAUUCACUCCCACCCAGUCAUCAGAGAAACCAUCAGGUCCUCAUUUAAACCCUCCUCCAGUUGAGGACAUUAUACAUGUCAUAAGCCACAGCAGUUUCCGUGUCAAUGGUGAGCAGGCAGCAAAAGAAACCAGAUCAGAGAGCAUUGAUGUUGACAAGCGUCUUAACAUGGUAAGAGAAGAGAUAGGUGUAAGAAGUAUCGAGCCAAAUCUGAUACCUUCUGGACCUAUAGAUUCUGCUACAGUGAAUCCAAAUGUAGCAGAAGCUAAUACUACCUUUCAGAAACCAGCCAGUACAGAUACGAUAAAAUUGCCGACCAUACCGGAAGGAAACUUUAGUACUAUGGAGACAAACAAUGGGUUUAAGCAGGAAGCAGCUCCAGCUAAGGAAAUACUAGAUGUGACAUCCUUCAGGCAGCGAGCUGAGGCUCUUGAAGGGCUCUUAGAGCUUUCUGCAGAGUUAUUGGAACACAGCAGGCUGGAGGAGCUUGCGAUUGUUCUAAAGCCAUUUGGGAAGGCCAAGGUGUCCCCUCGAGAAACAGCAAUAUGGUUGGCUAAAAGUUUCAAAGGCAUGAUGAAUGACGAAGCAAGCCGCAGUUCAACGUGAGGACACAUAGCCUUUGUGCCACCCGUUUUGUUUUGGUUGAUUUCCGAUUGUGCUCUGAAUAUGCAAUGGUUGUCUUGUCCAUAUUUGGCUUCUUGGUAUCGUGUGUCCCCUGUUUCCAUUUCGAUAGUUGUUCAUUCUUUACAGCACAUGUUGUAAAUAGCCCAGAUUUGUGAACAGAAAAUAAGACAUGCCAGAAAUAGUGUUAAAAUUUACACGAUUGAAGUAAUAGAAAGACUAAUUUGAUCAA